GGCGGCGGCGGGGCGCGUGCCAUGGAGCACGUCACGGAGGGCUCCUGGGAGUCGCUGCCGCUGCGGCUGCACCCGCGGGUGCUGGGCGCGCUGCGGGAGCUGGGCUUCCCGUACAUGACGCCGGUGCAGCGCGGGCAGGUCGGAGCCUUAAUCAUCACCCCGACGCGAGAGCUGGCUGUGCAGAUAGAUGAGGUGCUCGCGCAUUUCACGAAGCCCUUCCCGCAGUUCAGCCAGAUUCUCUGGAUCGGAGGCAGGAAUCCUGGAGAAGAUGUCGAGAGGUUUAAGGAACAAGGUGGGAACAUCAUUGUGGCCACUCCAGGCCGCCUGGAGGACAUGUUCCGGAGGAAGGCAGAGGGCUUGGAUCUGGCCAGCUGUGUGAGGUCGCUGGACGUCCUGGUGUUGGAUGAGGCGGACCGACUUCUGGACAUGGGGUUUGAGGCAAGCAUCAACACCAUCUUGGAGUUUUUGCCCAAGCAAAGGAGGACAGGCCUCUUCUCUGCCACUCAGACGCAGGAGGUGGAGAGCCUGGUGCGGGCCGGGCUCCGGAACCCCGUGCGCAUCUCGGUGAAGGAGAAGGGCGCGGCGGCCAGCUGCACCCGGAAAACGCCGUCCCGCCUGGAGAACUACUACAUGGUAUGUAAGGCAGAUGAGAAAUUUAACCAGCUGGUACAUUUUCUUCGAAAUCAUAAGCAGGAAAAGCACCUGAUCUUCUUCAGCACCUGCGCCUGCGUGGAAUACUAUGGAAAGGCCCUGGAGGCCCUGGUGAAGGGUGUGACGAUUAUGUGCAUUCACGGGAAGAUGAAACACAAGCGCAACAAGAUCUUCAUGGCGUUCCGCAAAUUGCAAAGUGGGGCUUUAGUGUGCACGGAUGUCAUGGCCCGGGGAAUAGAUAUUCCUGAAGUAAACUGGGUUCUGCAGUAUGAUCCUCCCAGCAGCGCAAGCGCCUUUGUGCACCGCUGUGGCCGCACGGCCCGCAUCGGCCACGGUGGCAGCGCGCUCGUGUUCCUCCUUCCCAUGGAAGAGUCCUACGUCAAUUUCCUUGAAAUUAACCAAAAAUGCCCCCUGCAGGAGAUGAAACUCCAGAAGGACACAGGGGACCUUCUUCCAAAGCUCAAGUCCAUGGCCCUGGCUGACAGAGCGGUCUUUGAAAAGGGCAUGAAAGCCUUUGUGUCGUACAUCCAGGCCUAUGCAAAGCACGAAUGCAGCCUCAUCUUCAGGUUAAAGGAUCUUGAUUUUGCUAGUCUCGCCCGAGGGUUUGCCCUGCUGAGGAUGCCCAGGAUGCCAGAGCUGAGAGGAAAGCAGUUUCCAGGUUUUGUGCCUGCCGAUGUUAACACAGACACCAUUCCAUUUAAAGAUAAAAUCAGAGAGAAGCAAAGGCAGAAACUACUAGAGCAACAAAAAGAGAAGAGAGAAAAUGACGGGAGAAAAAAAUUCUUAAAAAAUAAAGCGUGGUCAAAGCAGAAGGCCAAAAAGGAGAAGAAGAAAAAAAUGAAUGAAAAAAGGAAGCGGGAAGAGGGCUCUGAUAUCGAAGACGGGGACAUGGAGGAGCUUCUUAACGACACGAGGCUCUUGAAAAAGUUUAAGAAAGGCAAGAUUACUGAGGAAGAAUUUGAGAAGGGGUUGUUGGCAAGCGGCAAGAGAACAGUCACCACGGCGGACUUGGGGGUCCCCGCCCGGGAGCAGGACUGCUGACGCUGGCUUCGGGGCGCGGGGAGCGCGGCCAGCGGGCCUGGCACGGCCCACGCUUGCCUCCGCGCCGUGUUGGAACUUCACAUCCAGGAAAGCUGUUGUCCGGAAUGGGGGAGGGGAUUUCACACUGUGAAUGUUGUAUUAAAACCACACCGGCCUUGGGGCGCCUCCUUUGGUUGGGUGUCUGACUUCG